UCGCCGGGUCAGAUGGCCGUCUGGUGGAGGGGGAAGGCGUCUCUCUGAGGCAGCACCGGAGGAUCCGAACCAUGAACCCCAGGGUGGAGGCCGGGGAGACGGAGAGGCUCCAGGAGAGGCUCCGUGGGGCCAUUUCGGAGGAAGUACCCUGCAAGCAGGUGCAGGAGAAACUGUCUGGCUUAGUUAAAAACGUUCACAGGAAACUGCGCAGAAAAUACAGAGAGGGUAAGAGCACGGCGCUGCUGCCGUUGGUGUUUUCUACGCCCUCCCUGAAUCUAGUUGUUGUUUUCUACAGCUCGGUGUCUCCGCUGGGGAAGAUUCGCCUCCUGGACGUCGGAAGCUGCUUUAAUCCGUUCCUGAGGUUCGAUGAGUUUCUGACGGUGGGAAUCGACAUCGUUCCUGCUGUGGAGAGCGUCUACAAAUGCGACUUUCUGAACCUGCAGCUCCAGCAGCCGCUGCAGCUGGCGGGCGACGCAGUGGACGCCUUCCUCCGCCACCUCCGCAGCCCCAUCGACGCCCUGCCGGCUCAGCUGUUCCACGCUGUCGUCUUUUCCCUGCUCCUCUCCUACUUCCCUUCGCCGUAUCAGCGCUGGAUCUGCUGCAAGAAGGCCCACGAACUGCUGCAGCUGCACGGCCUGCUGCUCAUCAUCACCCCCGACUCCUCCCACCAGAACCGCCACUCCCUCAUGAUGCGCAGCUGGCGGGUGGCGGUGGAGUCGCUGGGCUUCAAGCGCUGCAAGUACGUCAAAUACUCCCACAUGCAUCUCAUGGCGUUCAGGAAGGUGUCGUUGGCCACCACCAGCGACCUGGUGUCACGCAACUACCCCGAGAUGCUCUACAUCCCCCAGGACUUUCACUCCAACGAGGAGGAGGAGGAUGAUGCCGCCGCGCCGCAGCAGGCGCUGCGCUCUGACAUGGAGGACGACCAGCUGGCGUGGGGCUUCAUGGAGCUGCCGGACACGCCGUACGACUCAGACUCCGGCGAGAGUCAGAGCAGCUCUGCUCCUGGCUUCCAUGAGACGGACGAUCCCGUCCUCCUGCAGACUUAAGGUGGAGCAGCAAUAAUCCCCCCCCACCACCCUGCUGCUAAAAGAAGAAAAUAAUCCUAGAAGUGUUCAGUGUAAAUGUGCAGAGACGCCAUUUUUAAUCCAGGAUGUUUCCCAGUAAACCAGCAGUAGAAGUUGGUGACUGUUGUUGUCAUAAAGGUUCGACUU